GGGCCGUGUUUGCCGAGGCGGCGGCGGCGAGCGAGGGGCGGCCGCCGUGUGUCCCCGAGUCUUCGGAGUUUCGGGCUGCCGCCGCUUGUCUUCUCGCCGCCCCUGAGAGUGGGCACUGCCGGCGGCCGGGAGCAACGGAGCAGGUUCAGGUGUAGCAUUGACUGACUUACAAGGGGAAAAAGAUGACCGAUGCCAGUGAGAUGUUAGCUGCCGCCUUAGAGCAAAUGGAUGGCAUCAUAGCAGGUUCGAAGACCUUAGACUACUCAAAUGGUCUGUUUGACUGCCAGUCGCCCAACUCCCCGUAUAUAGGCAGCCUACGAGUGUUACACCUGGUGGAAGACCUUCGAGGACUGCUGGAGCUGAUGGAGAAUGAGGAGAAGGACGGACUGCGCUGUCAGAUACCAGACUCCACUGCAGAACUUCUCGCUGAAUGGCUACAGAGUCACCUGACAAAUGGCCAUAUCUCUGUCGCUGGCGAUGCAUACCAGGAUAGGCUGGCACGCUUGGAAGGUGAUAAAGAGUCACUGGUUUUGCAAGUGAGUGUUCUAACAGACCAGGUGGAGGCUCAGGGAGAGAAAAUUCGAGACCUGGAGUGUUGUCUAGACGAGCACCGGGAGAAGCUGAAUGGCACAGAGGAGAUGUUGCAACAGGAACUCCUAAGCAGAACAUCAUUGGAGACUCAGAAACUGGAUCUUAUGGCUGAGGUGUCAAACCUCAAAAUAAAACUGAAUACUAUGGAAAAGGACCGGUUGGAGUAUGAGGAAAGGUAUAAAGAUAAUGAGGCAUUAUAUCAAGAGGUUAAUGAUCUAAGGAUAAAGGUGGUUGACAUGGAAAAUGAAAGAGUUCAGUUCGAAAAAAAGCUUAAAUCAACCAAGGAUGAGUUGGUGCAACUGAAGGAACAACUGGAGGAGAAGGACAUUGAGAUCAAGAGGCUGUUGUCUGAGUUGAAUUGCAAAACUGAAUUGGAUGAAAGUGAUAGUGGGGCUGAGGAAAGUUAUAAAAAGAAGCUGAAGGAGAAAAAUCUUGAGGUCCAUAAAAUGAAGAAGGCUGUUGAAUCUUUGAUGGCAGCAAAUGAGGAGAAGGAUCGGAAGAUUGAAGAAUUGCGACAGUCUUUGAACAGAUACAAGAAGGUGCAAGAUAUGGUGAUGUCUGUGACACAUAGUAAGAAAGCAAAAGAAGGUGAGAGUGAUGAAAGUCUCAACGGGGGAUCUUCAGGAGUUAACAGCAGUGAAAUACUGGAGAUGGAGCUGGCUGCUCCCACGACCCCAUCCCCUGAGGUCGAUGGAGUGACUACAGUGGUGAUGCCAGAAACAGAACCAGUUCAAAUCCACACCAGCGUCCUACAGGUACCUAUACCAAUAGUGGCUUCAACUCCCAAGGGCCGUGCUGAACAGGUGGAUAAGAAGAUGGAGCCUGAAGUUGAAACGAAACCUGACAUUUGUGAAAUACAACCAAGUGACAUCUCUUCAUUAGUUGAAGAAACUGUCAUAUGUGACAGUCCCAUAAUAUCAGAUGUGCACAAGUCUGGUAGUCAGGAGAACCUGAGAAUGGAGGAGGAGAACAAGAAAUCCUUGGAACCUGCCCAACAGAGUGCAUUAGAGCUGGCAGAGAACAUUUUGCUCUUGAUUAAGAAUAAAGCAUGUAUGGAGAUCAGUAAAUUCACAUCUCUACCACCAAAACCAACUGGGCAUCACAACUCACUGGGCGAUGAAAGUGCUGCCUCCAAGAAGGCAAGAGCUUCUUUUGGCCGUGGUUUCUUCAAGAUCAAAGGUGGCAAACGGACAGCUAGUACACCUAACCUAGAUCGCAGUCGAAGUGCAAGUGCACCGAUGCUAGCGGAGACGGAGAGAGAAUCGGAACAGGUGGAUGUUUCUGGUCUUCCACUGCGUGCAGCUGAGGCCGAUGGUUGUCAGCUUUUUCCAACCUCGCCAGAACUCAAAAAGAAAUCAAAAGGAAUCAAAAAGUUAUUUGGAAAGCUUAAAAGAAGUCAAUCAACUACCUUCAACCCUGAUGACAUGAGUGAUGGGGAGUUCAAGAGAGGUGGAACCAGAAGCACCUCUGGUCCAAAGCUCGGCUGGUCCCGGGAUCUACAGCACACUAAAACUGAUCUGGAUGCUCCAUUUGCAAAGUGGAGCAAAGACCAAGUGUGCAACUGGUUAGAUGACCAAGGACUAGGUAUAUACGUGGGGGCUUCAGGAUCCUGGAUCACGUCAGGCCAGACUUUACUGCACGCAUCUCAGCAGGACCUGGAGAGGGAACUUGGCAUCAAGCAUCCUCUCCACAAAAAGAAGCUACAGCUAGCUCUGCAGGCGUUUGGCUCUGAAGAGGAAGAUAACAAGGGAAAGCUGGAUUACAACUGGGUCACAAGAUGGCUGGAUGACAUUGGGUUACCCCAGUACAAGACUCAGUUUGAUGAAGGAAGAGUUGAUGGUCGAAUGCUCCACUAUAUGACUGUGGAUGAUCUGUUGUCGUUGAAAGUUGGGAGUGUUCUCCACCACCUCAGCAUCAAGCGAGCCAUUCAGGUUCUCAGAAUAAACAAUUUUGAAGCAAAUUGUCUACGUAGAAGGCCAUCUGAUGAGAAUAACAUCAGCCCAGCAGAGGUGUCUCAGUGGACCAAUCACCGGGUAAUGGAAUGGCUGCGGUCGGCAGACCUGGCAGAAUAUGCUCCCAACCUGCGAGGCAGCGGAGUGCACGGUGGACUGAUGGUACUGGAACCUCGUUUUAAUGUGGAAACACUGGCAAUGCUGCUGAACAUCCCUCCCAAUAAAACUCUACUCAGACGACACCUGGCCACUCACUUUAAUUUACUGGUUGGUCCUGAUGCUCAACACCAGAAGCGAGAGGCAGUGGAAUCUCCAGACUAUGCUCUUCUUACAGCCACAGCCAAAGUUAAGCCCAAGAAGCUGGUGUUCAGCAACUUCGGGAGCCUGAGGAAACGGAAGCAGGAUGAAGAGGAAUACAUCUGUCCGAUGGAACUGGGACUCCCAGCAGGAACUGGGUUCAAAAAAGGGAGCAAACAGGUUCGGGGGAUGGAGCUGAGGUUGUACAGUGAGGAGGACCUGGACAGGUUUGAGCAGAUGGAUGACUCUGAGGGAACGGUGCGGCAGAUUGGAGCAUUCUCUGAGGGCAUCAACAAUCUCACACACAUGUUGAAAGAGGACGAGUUGUUUAAAGACCUUAGCACCAGCUCUCCGUGCACCAGCAUGACAGACGAGGACUCCAAUGUCUGAGGGUCUGUGGAGACCCAGCGCCUUCAACGUGGGAGUAUCUUUAAAAACUUCAGUCCAACACUACAAAAUGAACUGCCUGCACUACUAAAAACCUUUUUGUGAUGCGUUCCCUUACAGUAAAUGCACAAGGCACCACCAAAUAUUUAUUAUCUUUUAGAGCUGGAAAAAUCUGGGAUCUAGUUUUGAUGAAAAUCCAAUCAGUGUGAUAUUUGACUGCAGUUCUUUUAGAGAAAGUACAUUUCAAAAUUCAGAUGGUUUGUGUUACCAUAAAAUGCCAGUAAUUUGACUUUGUGGAUUCAUUUUAAGUUUUAAAAACCAGUUAUCAUUUGAUUUUCAUGGAGACUUUGUGAAGUUUUAAUAAUAAUGUGUGUACUGGCAGUGCCCUGGAUGCUGCAGUCUGGUCCUACCCUCGAUUGCCAACAAAUAGUUCAGUGACUAUCUCAUUGGUUACAUCAAUGAAGCAAUAUCUCUAGAAUGCCUUAAAUAACCAAAAAUAUUGCCAUUUUAACUAUCCAAUUAUUUUACACUAAUUGUCUUUUUCUGCCACAAUGUGAAUUUUGUACCUUUUUGUAAUUUUCUAAAAUGGCAGAUAAAAGGAUUAUUUUGUAAUGUGCAACUUUUGAAUGGGGUUACUGACUAGUGCAAUGAUUUGUAUCGAUGUAGGGAUUGUAUUCCAGCUGGUUCCUGGCGUAAUCCAUGUAGAAUUUACCUAGUGCUUUUCAAAAAGGUGUGGGGGUUUGAGGUGGUCUGAUUCCUGUUUAGUAACCCAAGUUACAAAAUAACUUUGGUUAGUCAUAGCAGGCAGUGUUAGUUGGGAUGGAAUCAUGUUCAUUUUAAAUAUCGGCACAUUUUAAAUGGUACAGAUUGCAUUGUAGGAAUUAUUUCCAUUUCUUAAUCAGAGGGGUAACUGGAGAACGUGUGUAACAAUCAUUGUGAACACCUCAACUGGUUCAUGCAAGUUAGUGCUUUGCAUUUGGCUACUUAACGAGAACUUCAGUCCCAAUGGUGGAGGAGUUGAAUGUGAAAACAACAUUGAGUAUUGGUGUAGAACUGAAUGUUAACACUCCAACUGUUGAUAGAAUGGACUGUGGUUCUGGUGGAUUCCUGGACAUUGAUAUUGUUGAUUACUUGGUAGUUCUGUAAUUAGAAAUGCAAUUGCCCAGAGCCUGAGCAAAGACCUUGAGAACUGUGGAUAUUGACAGUGUUCUCUCCUAACCCAGCAGCCUGUACUGUGUUACUAAAUGCAUCAAUUAUAACACUAAUCUUUGUAUUUUAAAGAUAACUAUUUUAUCCAAAACUAUGUUCAUAUUCUAAAAAUUAAAUAUGCUCCUUAUUUAAACACUUGUCAAGAGAAACUAAUCUUAAAAAGCUGUGUUUGUUCUCCUGACAGUGCCACUCAGAUGCCUGGUCUUUAUAAAUGUAUUUUUCUAUGUGCACAGCUUUGUAAUAGAAAGAAAAUAGGUUGCAUUGGGUUCAGCAGAAAGUCUGGUGCUCUGGAUUCCCUGUGCAGUGGUACAGGACAGCUUGCUGCUCCACGUGGCCUGGAUUCAGAACCCAGAGCUCACAUCCAACCUUCUAGUAGUUUAUUUAUUUUACAUUGUUGAUGAUGCCAUUUUUCUGCCAUAUUUAUGCAUUUUUAGUACUUUUAAUAAUUUUUCCCACAGGAUGUUAAGUAGCUUUCAUUGACCAUCGAGUUUUUAAACAUGUUGAAACCUACAAAGACCAUCGGAAUUCAGUUGGAGGGUUUAUGAAAGCUCUUGCCUGUUGGGUCAUUGUAUUGUCACAUGAAUAUUGCAAAAAAAAACAUCCAGAGGAGGCACAUUAUUCAGACAGGGAUGGUAUAUGUACCAGGUUCCUUCUCUUCAGUAGCAGCUCCUGAUCCAAACCUUGAAGGCAGAAUCGUGUAUAAUCCACUACACUACAGCAAUACCUGCAUCAUAUAUACUGCCCUCGUGUGAAUAUUUCAAUGUAAAAAUAAAGUAUUGCAUAAUGAAGUGUUUGAAAUAUUUUGGAUUUGAUGAUGAAUAAAUCACUGGGUACUACUUUCCUAUGCAGUGGGGUUGGUUUGUGAUGAUCCCAAAGCAAACAUUGAUUCCAAUUUAAGCUUUCCCCACUCUAGGCAAACCCUUGUGUAAAAUUAGAAGAUCCCUUCCUAUCAAUAAAAAGCUGACAUCACAGCAUUCCAGAUCUUGCCUGGAAACCAUGUUAUGGUCUCUCCUGGGUGAGAUGGGAUUUGAACUGGCUCUCACCCAGAUGGUAAUUCCUUCUGAACUCCCAAUCUGUGUAAUGAACUGAAUCAGUGCUAGCACUGUGGUCAGUGAAGCACAGGGGAGAGGAGAGAGACAGACCUGGGAGGUGGACCAGGUGCCAUCUAUCAGCCCUUGUCCAGGCAAGGCCAGCACUUCC